UGUCUCCUCUUAAGUCCUCGCCACUGCCGGAGAGCUUGUGAUCCGGUGAACUGAAAUCAUGGAAUUCAAAAACCAGGCCAACCCAACUCCCAAAGUCCACCUUGAGGUGGAAACAUGUUGCUCUUGGUCUUGGCUCAAGUUCACAAUCUUGGCUGUGCUAUGUUGCAUGGUAUUAUCUCCUGCAGCUGCAUAUGAUCCAUUGGAUCCAACUGGAAACAUAACGAUCAAAUGGGAUGUUAUGUCCUGGACACCAGAUGGCUAUGUUGCUGCAGUGACUAUGAACAACUUUCAAAUGUACCGGCAAAUCAUUAGCCCCGGCUGGACUCUAGGGUGGUCAUGGCAAAAGAAGGAAGUAAUUUGGACCAUGGUGGGAGCUCAAACCACAGAGCAAGGAGACUGUUCCAAAUUCAAAGCAGCCAUCCCGCAUUGUUGUAAGAAAACUCCAACAGUUGUUGACUUGCUUCCUGGAGUUCCUUACAACCAACAGUUCACCAAUUGCUGCAAGGGCGGUGUCCUGGCAUCUUGGGGACAGGAUCCUACAGCUUCAGUCUCUGCCUUCCAGGUGAGUGUCGGGCAAGCUGGUACCUCAAAUAAAACAGUGAAACUCCCCAAAAAUUUCACCUUGCUUGGUCCAGGACCAGGGUACACUUGUGGCCCUGCAAAGGUCGUGCCAUCCACAGUCUUCCUCACGACUGAUCGCAGGCGAAAGACUCAAGCCCUUAUGACAUGGAAUGUGACAUGCACCUAUUCACAGUUCCUUGCCUCCAAAAAUCCAAGCUGUUGUGUUUCGUUUUCAUCUUUCUACAAUGAAACCAUCGUUCCUUGCCCAUCUUGUGCUUGUGGUUGUCACAAUAAGAAAAACUGUAUCAAGAGUGAUUCAAAGUUAGCACACAAGACAGGAAUAAACACACCAAAAAAGGACAAUACACCGUUGCUUCAGUGCACACAUCAUAUGUGCCCUAUCCGAGUUCACUGGCAUGUGAAGCUUAACUAUAAGGCAUAUUGGCGCGUCAAGAUUUCCAUCACAAAUUUCAAUUAUCGGAUGAACUACACGGAGUGGACACUCGUUGCGCAGCAUCCUAAUCUCAACAAUGUCACUCAAGUCUUUAGCUUUGAUUACAAACCCCUUCUCCCCUAUGAGUCCAUUAAUGACACUGGCAUGUUCUAUGGCAUGAAGUUUUACAAUGACUUAUUAAUGGAAGCUGGGCCAUCAGGAAAUGUUCAGUCUGAGGUGCUUCUGCAGAAGGACCAGAACACCUUUACAUUCAAGCAAGGAUGGGCCUUUCCUCGAAGAGUUUAUUUCAAUGGUGAUGAAUGUAUGCUGCCCCCACCUGAUGCAUACCCAGCUCUACCAAACUCUGCCCAUGUAAAUUCUAUUUCAAUCUUCAAAAUGGCAGCUUCUGUACUUCUGAUAUUGUUUUCUAUAUGUUUUUCACUUUCCUGAUAAUUUUGAAACGUUGGAGUAAAAGAAGUGGUCUUGUGUGUGAUAAUUCAGCAUAGAUAGUGAGCUUGGGAAACUGUAUCUGAAAUCCUUGCUAUAAUGUCCCACGAUUUUUUAGCCCA